CCGUUAACGUUUGAGUUCAAAGGUCAGAAGCAGAAAUCACUGCUGAAGCAGCUGCAGCGGGAGGGACAAGAGAAAAGAAGAAAAUCCUCCCGGUGUAACGGCGGAGGUGCUUCACUUAGUAGACAGUGGGAGGCGCACUUAAGGCUGGGAACGGAAGAACCACAGGUCGGUGGAGACCCGGAGGACUGGAGUCGAAGGGAGAAAAAUAUAGAAGAGGAAGAGGAUGAAGUAGAGCAGAGUGUAAACAAAGCUGAAACAUCAAUUUUUCUGAACUCCGCCCGGACAAGGACGUCAGAGAAGAUGUUCAAUUUCUCCACCAACAGCCGCAUCAUCUCUGGGCUGCUGAUCAACCUCUUCUCCUCCAUCUGCAUCGUCUUCAUCAACAAAUGGAUCUACGUGCACUACAGUUUCCCCAACAUGACGCUGACCCUGGUCCACUUCGUGUCCACGUGGCUCGGACUCUACGUCUGCAACAAGAUGAACAUGUUCUCUCCGAAGAGGCUGCCGAUCAGAAGGAUCGUGUGGCUGGCCUUGAGCUUUUGCGGCUUCGUCGCCUUCACCAACCUGUCGCUGCAGAACAACUCCAUCGGAACGUACCAGCUGGCCAAAGCUAUGACCACACCCGUCAUCAUCCUCAUCCAGACCACGUACUACAACAAGACCUUCUCCACCAAGAUUAAGCUGACCCUGGUACCAAUAACCUUAGGUGUAAUUCUCAACUCCUAUUACGAUGUUCGCUUCAACGUACCAGGCACGGUGUUCGCUUCUCUAGGUGUUUUGGUCACUUCACUUUAUCAAGUGUGGGUUGGAGCUAAACAGCACGAGCUCCAGGUCAACUCUAUGCAGCUUCUCUACUAUCAGGCUCCUCUGUCCUCAGCUUUCCUGCUCUCUAUCAUUCCAAUUUUUGAACCAGUAACUGGAAAAGGUGGAAUAUUUGGGCCAUGGUCUAUACCUGCUAUGAUGACGGUGCUGUUCUCUGGUAUGGUGGCCUUUCUCGUCAACCUGUCCAUCUACUGGAUCAUUGGAAACACUUCGCCUGUCACCUACAACAUGUUUGGACAUUUUAAAUUUUGCAUUACUUUAGUUGGCGGAUACCUGCUCUUCCAUGACCCGCUGUCACUUAACCAGGCUUUGGGAAUACUCUGCACUCUGGCGGGAAUUCUGUCUUAUACUCACUUUAAGCUGAUGGAACAGGAGGAGGGAAAAAGCCGUCUGGCUCAGAGGCCGUAACGGGGCUGUGGCUGUGGCUGUCUAUCACAUGCACUGGUUCCAUUUACCUCAGAGCAGAGGUCAAUUUUAUACAAAAUAUACUCGACAUGUAUAUAUUAUAUUAAAAAAGAUGAUUAUUUUUACAUCUGAAUGUAGAAUGUUCUGAAAGGUAUUUGAGAAAUAGUCGACGUGUCCGAGCUAGAACAAAUUUUCACAGCCUGGACUUUUUCAUUGAGCCAAAAAAAGGAGAAGAUGUGUCAUAAUCUUCCCAGAAUGCACUGCUGCUAUUGAUGGUACAGUCCUUUUUUAAAAACUUAUUUUUAAAUAAUAAGGCAUUGAAUAGUCAAAGCUGGCAUUGGUGUACUGUAAAGUAAAUAUUGACAACAAUAAUAAUGGUAACUAAGAAGGCAUUGUUAAUGUAGAAAUAACUGUGUUACUCCUUGUUCUUUACAGUCAACAAAUUAUUUUUCCUGCUGUAAAACUCAAUACUUAACUGUUCUAUAUGUCUUUGUUUUUGUCGCAGCUCAAGCUUUUAAAUUCAGCAGAACAUUUUCUGUAUGUUACACCAAUGACAGUUGAAUUUUUACAUGUUUUCAGAGCCCACUGCAUUUCAGCUUGUCUUGUCUUUUUGCUUUAAGUCUUAUACAUUAUUAGUUAGAUUAAUCAUUUAAAAUAAAAAUGUUCAAUUUUAUUUGUCAGAACUAUGGUUUAGGUGAUUACAUUUAAAUGGUCUAUAGAUUUCUUUUUUGUAGUUUAUUUAAUCGUCUUUUUUUAAACAUUUCACGCCAAUAAAAACAGUAACAAUUAAAACAAUUUUAAAGACCCGGAGUGGAAUUUCAAACUCUCUUCAACAGUUAGUUCUUUUUCUUUUAACUGACUGAAUUGAGCCUGUUUUGGGUUUUUUUUGUUUUUUUGUUUUGUUUUUUUAUAUAUAUUUUUUUCCAAACAAAUAAAAGUGGCUGUAUUUGAAA